AUGCAGGCCAACGAAGAGUCAGUCCUUGUGGAUAACCUACAGGAGGGUCUGGACAAGAUGCGUACGGAGAAAUAUGCGCUGUUCGCGGACAGCGCUGAACUGGAUUAUCAUGCUAGCCGUAAACCCUGUGAUCUACAGUUUAUCGGGCGGCUGUUCUGGCAGACAGGGUACGGGAUUUUCCUGCCUAAGAACUCCAGAUACACCAUGGAGUUCAACAGGGUCAUUGUGGCUGCAAAAGAAAGGGGCGUUUUCGACGCAUUGGACGCCAAGUGGAUCAAAAGCCAGGAGUGUUCCGGAACCAAAAAGACUGUGUUGGAAUCCUCUGUGAUCGGACUACAGGACAUGUUGGGUGUGUUCGUGCUGGUGUAUGGGGGCAUGGCGUUGGCUCUCAUCGUGCUGAUUGGUGAAUUCGUCUACAAAUGUGCCCAAGAUGUGAAGAAAUAUGAAGAUGCUCAUCCGAAGACUCUCACAGAAGCAGCAAAGACACGUCUAAAGAUGAUAUUCUCCCGUAAGAAGUCAAAGGAGGGCAGCAAGAAGGAAGGAUUUGAUCCGUAUAUGUCUGACCUGAGCAACAGAACCCUGCGUGUGGUCACUAUCGCUGCGGAUGGCUUCGUCUUGAUAUCAGAUGUGGACAAAGACGGGAACAACGUCACGGGGAACGACAGAUUUCAGGGUUAG